AUGUCAGCUCAACCUCACGAAGAUAUUAUUAUAGAUCAGAGUCUUGAAGACCUUCUUCCAAUUGUUAUUACAGAAUAUGAUGCCAUCUCUAGAAAGGGUAUACAAUCAUCUUUCCUAGCUAGAGAUUUGGUUAGAAUGUACGAUAAAAUUACCUUCUACAAGCACAAUAAUACGGAAUUAGACUUGACUCUAUACAAUAAUAUAAUUUCAACUUCAAGUGCUACUUCUAAUAAUACUGAUGGAGAUGCUAAUAAUAAUAGUAAAGAAGGUACACAAAUUAAUGAUGAAAAUAAUCAUACUGACAACAAGCCUAAUAAGAAUGACGAUGAAGCUGUUGUUGAAAUUAUUGAAGGAAAUCAACAACAAUCGGUCAAUACUACUUCAACUAAUGGAACAUCUUCUGAAAAUCUUGUUGCAGAAACUCCUAAUAUUGUGGCCGAAUCUUCAAAUAAUUCGAAAGUCAAAACACCAACCGAUGAUGUGUCAACAAGUGUUGCAACCACACCAUCCAAAGAAAAAUCAAUUCCUAUUUCAUCUCCUUCUGGUGUAUCAUCUCCAACAAAGAAAGAUGUUGAAAUUAUUGUGUUACCAUCUAAUCAACAAGUAGAAAAGAUUGACCACCAAAGAAUUACAGAUUUAGUAUAUAAUGAAUUUGAAAAGGAUGAAUUUACACACUUCCCUCACAAUAAUUCAAGUCUAGAUGAUCCAGAUAGAAGUGAUCAACUCUUUGUAGAUAUUUUGAACUUACUUUCCAAAUCAUUUGCUUUCAAACAAUCGGUUCCAUGUCAGCCAAUUUUGAGUUUGAAAGAAUUCAAGGAAAUUGUUGUGAGCAAGGCAGUUCAAAAUUAUGUGAGCAGUCUUUUAGAAGGAAAAUUCGGUGAUAAUCAUCCAGUUGUCAAAUAUUUAACACUUGUAGAUCAGGCAUUCGUAGUUUCCCUUUUGGGACACUUUGCCGAAGCUCUAUUCUUUACCAAAACUCCAAUUAGAUUUAAGGAUAUUAGAGGAACUUGGAGAAUUGAUGUCAGACUGUAUCAAGAUAAGAUUUCAAUGGUUCACAGAAGAACUGAACAAAUGUUAAAACCUCUAGGAAAUACCAUGCUAAAGAACUUGUUCCAAUUCAGUUGGCAAGUUGAAAUUAUCUAUGAUUCUUAUUCAUUGGAACAAAUUGGCGCUGUGCAUGUAUCGUUAUUGGAAGUAGAUUGGGCCUCAUAUGAUGAAAGUUUAGGAAUGAAUCAAAAACAAAAAGAUGAAAUGCAAAAAUUAUUCAUUAGAAUGUUUUCAAAGAGUAAGGCAGACAGCAAGUUACCUGUUAAAAUAAGCAUGGUCGAUAUUUCUCUAAAACAUGUUCGAUUACUAGUUAAGGAAUUGAGGCAACAAUCUAAAAAACUUGUCAAACCAAAUUCGGAAACCUCCUCAGAUAACAAAAGCUGGUUCUCUAGCAUUUUCACUAGUCCAGAGUCAGAGGAUGAUCCUUUCACUUUCGUAUCCAGCAGUAAGAAGAAAUAA